AUGAUCGAUUUAUUGCCAGUUGUAGAUGGAGACCAAACAAAGAUACACGAAUGUACUUUUUGUGAAAAUAAAUUUCGUACAAAAUGGGAGUUAGAAGUUCACAUGAGGUCUCAUACUGGUGAAAAACCGUUUGAAUGCAAUAUUUGCGGAAAAAAAUUCUCCCAGUCUGGAAAUUUAUUAGUUCACAAAAAAAUACAUUUUGAAGAAAGACCAUUCAAAUGCAACUACAAAGACUGUACAUACACUGCGAAAAGGAAAGAUGUUUUGAUAGAACAUGUCAAUCGAACACAUCUAAAAAAAAAGAAAUAUGAAUGCCCUGAAUGUAAACAAAUAUUUCUCAGCAAAUCGCUCUUAGAUGUGCAUCUAAGAACUCAUACUGGUGAAAAGCCAUUCAUAUGCGAUAUUUGCGGAAGAGGUUUUGCCACCUCUGGAAAUUUAAGAAGACACGAAAGAAUUCACUCGGAAGAACGACCAUUCAAAUGCAACUACACAGACUGUGGAUACGCUACAAGAAGGAAAUUUGAUCUGUUAUCACAUGUCAAACGAUUACAUCCACAUGCAAUUGCUUCUGAAAUUAUUAUUAUUCCCCGGAUAAAAUCGAAAGAAGAUCAUAAAUGUGACGAAUGCGGUAAAAGUUUUCCAUGGUUAUCCACUUUAACAAGACGUCUAAUAUCUCAUGGAAAAAGUCGACCGUUUUCAUGUGAUAUUUGUAAGAAAACUUUCAAACAUAAAUUUGACUUAAAAAGACACAUGAAAAUAGCACAUCCACAGGAACAAACCGCAUCUGGUUCCAACGCAAGCGUUGAAUAUAUUCAAGAUGUAGACAAAGAUCAGAUAGAAUCAAUGCAAAAACCAUCAACGAGUGGUCAAAAAUCUCAAUCAGUAGAAUAUAAAGAAGCUGUUGUGAAAACCCUUAGUAGCGAUUCAGAAAAUACCGGAAUUAUUAAUAGAGACGAAUAUUUAAACAUGAAGGAAUUGGAACGUUUACCAGAAUUGGAAAUAUUUUCAGAAGUGAUAAUUGAAGGAUUCGAACUAGAAUGUCACGUCUGUGAAGAGAAAUUUGACGACGAAGUAUCUCGUAGAGAACACGAAGCAAAAGAAUGUACAGAAGAAGUAAAGCUGAAAUCAAAUUUGCAGUCUUCUAGUCAAACCUUGGAUCAUCAAACAACACUGGAUCAAGAUGUAUUAAGCGCUGCCGAAAUUCUUCUCCAAAUGAGAAGGAGACUACAGACAGACGAACAAAAUACUUCGGAUUUAAAUAAAUCUUCAACGUCAAAACAAGAUCAAACAAAAGCACAUGAAUGUACUAAAUGUGAAAAGAAAUUUCGUACAAAAUGGGAGUUAGAUAUUCACAUGAGGUCUCAUACUGGUGAGAAACCGUUUGAAUGCAAUAUUUGCGGAAAACUAUUCUCUCAGUCUGGAAAUUUACUACUUCACAAAAAAACACAUUUUGAAGAAAGACCAUUCAAAUGCAACUACAAAGACUGUACAUACAGUGCGAAAAGAAAAGAUGUUUUGAAAAAACAUGUGAAUCGAAUACAUCUAAACAUUCCACGGAAACGACCAGAGAAAAUUCAUAAAUGUGAUAAAUGCGAUAAAAGUUUUUCAUGGUUAUACGAUUUAAAAAGACAUCUAACGUCUCAUGAGAAAAAUCGACCGUUUUCAUGUGAUAUUUGUAGGAAAACAUUCAAAUGUAAAUUUGACUUAAAAAGACACAUGAAAAAAGUACAUCCACAGGAACAAACCGAAAGUUUUUCCAAAGAUGAAAAAAAGAAACUUGAAUGCCCUGAAUGCAACCAAAUAUUUCUAUGGAAAUCGCAGUUAGAUGUGCACUUGAGAAGCCAUACUGGUGAGAGACCGUUUCGAUGCGAUAUUUGCGGUAAAAAAUUCUCCCAGUCUUGGAAUUUAGCAAUUCACAAAAGAAUACAUUCGGAAGAACGACCUUUCAAGUGCAACUGUGGAUACGCUACAAAAAGGAAAUUUGAUCUGUUAUCACAUGUCAAACGAUUACAUCCACAUGCAAUCGCUUCUGACAUUAUUACUAUUCCCCGGAAAAAAUCGAAAGAAAACCAUAAAUGUGACGAAUGCGGUAAAAGUUUUCCAUGGUUAUCCACUUUAACAAGACAUCUAAUAUCUCAUGGGAAAAGUCGACCGUUUUCAUGUGAUAUUUGUAAGAAAACUUUCAAACAUAACUUUGACUUAAAAAGACACAUGAAUAUGGCACAUCCACAGGAACAAACCGCAUCUUGUUCCAACGCAACCGUUGAAUAUAUUCAAGAUGUAGAAUAUGACAUUAUACACAAAGAGCAGAAAGAAUCGAUGGAAAAACCAUCAACGAGUGGUCAAAAAUAUCAAUCAGUAAAAUAUGAAGAAGCUGUCGUGGAAACCCUUAGUAGCGAUUCAGAAAAUACCGGAAUUAUGAAUAGAGACGAAUAUUUAAACAUGAACGAAUUGGAACGUUUACCAGAAUUGGAAAUAUUUUCAAAAGUGAUAGUUGAAGGAUUCGAACUAGAAUGUCACAUCUGUCAAAAGAAAUUUGACGACGAAGAUAAAAACAGAACACAUCAGUGUACUGUAUGUAAAAAAACAUUUCGUUCAAAAGCACUGUUAGAUGAUCACAUGAGAAGUCACACCGGUGAGAAACCAUUUAAAUGCAGUAUUUGCGGAAAACAAUUCGCCCAUCGUAGAAAUUUAAUAGUACACAAAAUAAUACAUUCUGAAGAAACACCAUUCAAAUGCAAGUACUGUGACUUCGCUACGAAAUGGAAACAAAGUUUAAUGAAACAUUUCAUGAGAGAUCAUCCACACUCAAACCCGUCUGAAGUUAUGACUAUUCCACCAAAAAAAUCGAAAAAAGUUUAUAAAUGUGAUUCCUGCGGAAACAGUUAUUCGUAUUUAUCUCUUUUAAUAAGGCAUCAGAAAUCACAUUCCAAUGAACGACCGUUUUCAUGUAAUAUUUGCAACAAAACAUUCAAAUAUAAUUGUGAUUUAAUUGUACAUAGAAAAAAAGUACAUCCUCAACAAGAAACUGAAUCUUUUUACAAAAGCACAGUACAUGGGAAUAAAGUGCAAGCAGACUAUCUUCAAACACCAUCAACAAGUGCUCAAGCAAGACAGUCAAAUGAUCCUGAAGAAGAAGCUUCAGAAGAAAUUAUUUUUACACCAAGAGAAGCUGAAGAAUUUCUUGAACAUUUUGACAUCGAUUUAGAAAUUAAAAAGUUUGAAACAUCUUCUCAACUUGAAUUGUUUUCAGAAGUGGAAACUGAAGAAAUUAAAUACAUAUGUCAAUUUUGUGGACAACAAUUUUCUGACGAAAUUUUUUUAAAUGAACACAAAAGACAAUUUCAUCAAUCUAAUUAAUUUCGGACAUUUAACUUUGGGCCUAU